CAUUUAUCACGUAAGUGCGUGUGCGUGCGUGAGCCACGCGAUGUGUCACCCCGACAGGCUCCUCCUGACGACUCUUCGUCGCGAACGCGUUUAAUCAACCGCGCACGGGCGAGCGCCGCUACACCGCCAACAGCUUUUCGUCGAACGUUACCAAGGACGCUGCAGUCGACGACGACGCGCGGUACAUACCAGUAUAUUAAUAUAUCGCAAUACCACUCUAUUACCUACCCUUUCAAAUCUCAUCACGAUUUCCCAAUAUCGCGUUACUAUAUCGUUUACCUAUACAUAACGUAAUACCGCGGUAUAAACCACGAGUACAUACCUGGAGCAGAAAGAUCUUCUACCGCAGUACAGCCUACAAUAUUCUAUCAUAUAAUACGUCCCGCGAGCAAAAUAUUAUUCUUGAAACCUGCUGCGUGUUUUCUGUAAGCCAUAUCAAUUAUAAUAUAUGCCUAUGUGCUUCAAAUAUAGGUAAUUCGAUACACAAAUAUAUUUACGAUAUUAGAAUCUAUAGUUUCACAAGUACACCGUACCAAUAAAAUAUAUACUCCUGUCGCGAAAAAAAUAAAGGCACGUCAUCAUGGAGUGCCCGAAACCUUCGUUUCUCAUCAGGGACUUGAUUGGAGACGUCUUACAAACUUCAAAAUCAUCUGAUAUGUCCAGCGACGAAGGCACCACCGACAUGGAUGACCGUGCGUUGGCGGUCAGCAAUUUUUCCGCACUUCCGUUGUUGGUGCAAAAACACCACCACCACCAUCACUACCAACAACACCAAGACAUGAUGACCGGGAAGUCGUGUGGCCGGAAAGUCAGGCGCAGAAGGACAGCGUUCACGCACGCUCAACUGGCAUACCUCGAACGCAAGUUUCGUUCUCAGAAGUAUUUGUCCGUAGCCGAUCGCAGUGACGUAGCCGAAGCGUUGAACUUGUCGGAAACUCAAGUCAAAACGUGGUACCAAAACCGUAGGACCAAGUGGAAGCGUCAGAACCAGUUGCGCCUCGAUCAGCUACGCCAGCAGUCGGUUGAACCACAGUCGGAAACUUCUGCAGCCGCCGCCGAUUACGGGCAGCAUCACAAACAACAGCACCAGCAGCACAGGCUGCACUCGGCGGAACAGCACCACGGCCGGCAAGAGCACAGAGUAUACGUACCGUCAUCGGUGGCGUCGGCUGACUCAGACAUGCAGGCGGCUGCCGAAGCGUCGGCCGCCGCACCGUUGUCUUCGUCGACGGCGGCAGCGGCUGCGGCCGCGUUCAUCGGCGCUCCGUACCCUGGGGUGGCCAACGGCGCGCGGUGGAACUUUCUGACCACAGCCGCGGCCAUCGUGCGGAACGUGUCGUACGUGCAUGGAUGUCACAUGUAAACAACAAAUUACAAAAUUAUAAUAGUCCAGUGUAACGUUAAUAGUUAUUACACUUAUUGUAAUAUGAUUCAGUUUACAUAUUAUUAAUUUGUCAUUCAAAUCGGCACGGAUUGUAUACAGGGUGGUCGUAAGAACGAUAUCAUAAUAUUACAUACAAUAGCAACGCUUUAAAUAAAUAAAUAAUAUUAUUAUUUUUAGGCAAUAAAUCUGCACGCACAAUAUGUGAUGGGUUAGUUCUACAAAACUUUUGACAAUUAUGUCUAAAUAGGUAGUACACAUUUUAACAUCGUAGGCGCAACUCCAAGAGGAACCGUUGACCGAGUUAGUCCCUACACCAAUUAAGGGGGGGGCGAAAUACUAAGUAAAUCUUUGUCCUUUGCAUAUAAUUUUUAAUUGCUUACUAUAUUGAGGUAUGGAAGUAGGUACCUACUUUUAUAAAUAUGUUUAACUCUUUAAAGAGAUUAUGAAUAGACAAUUUAAACGGACCAAGAUAUUAUGUAAUACUAUAAUAAAAACAUUUAAAAAAAAUGUAUUUAGGUACCUACCUGGCUACCUAAGGUAUGCCGUCCCAGCCUCCCUCUUUGAAGACACUACUUAGAGAGACGAAUAUGUACCUAUAUGCACUGACGUUGUGCCCGCAGCGGAUACUGGCUUAGUUGCUUCGCUGAUAAAUUAAAUUUGAAUAUCACAAACAUAAUCAUAAAUCAUAAAAUUUAGUAUAAUAAAAA